AUGUACAGAUACCAAAAGAAGCUUCUACUCUGUAUGUCUGUUGCAACGACUUUCACCUUUUUACAAUGGUUUAUAAAGAGCAAAUUGCUGAUCACUGCAGCAGUGAAGAAGAAAAUUGAGAACGCCCCUUGUAAUGGCAAACUCAGCACCGAUACGAUUACCGCACUGGACGACAACCGGACGUUCAUCAUCUCGCCGUACUAUGACUACAGAGAUGACCAUCGGUCUAUGGUGCGGAUUCUCAGCAUUAUCCACCAUGAAGAGGUAAAGGAACUAUACUGCUAUUUCUGUUGCCCUACAGACAAGAGCGUGCAGAUCUCCAAGGCGUCCAUAGACAUGCAUAGCGAUCGCUUUGACUUUCCCUAUGUGACAACGGACCUUUUAUGUGAGACUCCACCAAACUGCCCUGCUGAGUAUUUAUCUGUCCAUACGUCUCAAACGCAAAAAAUGACCCAAUUACCUCUAUUCCAAAUACAAAACCAAGAUGUGAAACCAUUUUCUGCAGAGUUCACGGUCUGCAUUUCCACCAUGUUUGGGAAUUACAGCAAUGUGUUACAAUUCAUUCAGACCAUGGAGAUGUACCAGAUCCUGGGGGCACAACGGGUCAUGAUCUACCUUAACAGCUGCAGCCCACAGAUGAAAAAAGCUAUGCAGUAUUAUAUCGCAAGAGGGAUCCUUGAGGUGGUAGACUGGCCGAUCCAGCGUUACCUCAGGCCUGGCACUGCAUGGCACCAUUCAGUUGACCCCAAAGAUAUAGGGUAUUAUGGUCAGUUGGCAACACUCAAUGACUGUAUUUAUAGGAAUAUGUACAGGACUAGGUUUGUUCUGCUCAAUGAUAUUGAUGAGAUCAUUUUACCGUUCUCGCACAUGAUUUGGGACGCAAUGAUGAAAAGCCUUCAACAACAGAAUCCAAAUAUUGGAAUUUUCCUAUUCGAAAAUCAUAUUUUUCCUCAAACUGUGCCCAUUGAUGUCCACUUCUCUGAUAUUGCCUCCUGGAAAGACGUACCAGGAUAUAACAUCCUCCAGUACGUCUAUCGGGAACCAGACAGACCAGAUUAUUUCAAUGCUCGGAAGAUGAUCGUGGAUCCCAGGAAGGUCAUACAGACGUCGGUUCUCCGGCGUGUCUCAUUGGAAACAGCUCUGGUUUACCACUGCAGAGGACCUCUACAGAAGAAAUUACCAAAGACCUCUUUAAUAGAAGACAAGACUAUCUGGAAACAUAAUGCCUCUCUUAUCAGAAAUGUUAAUAAAGUUCUGGGGGAAAUCUCAUUCCAGUGA